GAGUGUAAAAAUAAUAGAUUCAUCGAUCGAUCCCACCCUGGCGUGUUCUGCGGCUGCCGAGUACUCACUCACGCGACUGUCCAUACUCUCCCCGCACUUCUCUUCACACUUCUCGCAGCAGGUCUUCUUAUACGUACUGCCUCUGCCUCGCCCCUUAAUCGCAAUGCGCUCUCCACUGCUCGCAAGUCUUUUUGCGUUGGCUCUCUCCAUCGCCAGCUCAGAAGCAGCCAUAUCAUCAACCGAGCAGGUGCCCCUGAGUGGAUCAGUUCCUCAGCUAGAUCAUUCUGAGUUACAAAAUGUCAGGAUAAACAAAAAACGACCUUUGAAAGGACGGUUCCUGCACAUUACAGAUAUCCAUCCUGAUCCCCACUACAAGACAGGGUCCACUUUUGACUCUGGGUGCCAUAGGAAACCUAAGAAGGACGGGAAGAGUGAAGGCAAGAAGGCAACUGAGAAUGAGAGAGGCAAUGAGGAUCUAGACGACAAAGAGUUCGACACUUUGAUAAAAAAUGAAGAUCUUGCUGGGAAAUGGGGAACAGCAGUGUCAGAUUGCGAUUGUCCCAUGUCACUGGUCAACAUUACAUUCGACUGGUUAAAAGAAGAGUGGGCCAACGAGGUUGACUUUGUGGUAUGGACAGGAGACAACGCUAGACAUGACAUUGAUCGAAGAAUACCUAGAACGCCCAAGGAAAUUUUCGAUUCGAAUCGUAUGAUUGUUGAUAGAAUGCUGGACGCCUUUGGACGUGAUAUGCCGAUUGUUCCUAGUAUUGGCAACAAUGACAUCUACCCCCACAAUGUUCUUGCCGCUGGACCAAGUCGUAUUACUGAAGAGUUUUUACUCAUCUGGAAACAUUUUAUCCCGUCUGAGGCCGCCCAUGUUUUUGAACGAGGAGCAUAUUUUUCUGUUGAAGUUAUCCCUGAUAGAUUAGCGGUGAUCUCUCUUAACACUUUAUUCUGGUACGACGCCAACACCCUCGUUGAUGGGUGCAGAGAUCAUUCAAACGACCCCGGUGCACUCGAGAUGGACUGGUUGGAAGUACAGUUAAAUAACUUCCGACAGCGGGGGAUGCAAGUAUGGCUGACCGGACAUGUACCACCUCAUAUGAAUCACUACUAUGACAACUGCUACUUGAGGUACGGUGAUCUGGCAUUGAGAUAUCAAGACACUAUCGUCGGACAUCUGUUCGGCCAUAUGAACGUUGACCACUUCUUCUUCAUUGACGUCGACGAGCUCGAAGCCACCUCCGAGCUCACCUCUACCUCAUCAAAUACUACCCUUUCCGACCUUCCACUCCUUCACGGACCUCGUCUUCCUAGACCAGGCCCUGGUAAAUAUACCGCAAUGGGUCGCUCUGGUGCUCGGAAGUUAGAGGAGGAACUUCGUAAAGAUUUUGGCCAGAUGCCUGGUCCGGGGAUAUUGAAGUUGAAGGAUUAUGCGGUUAUGAAUGUUGCGCCGAGUGUGAUCCCAACUUAUUAUCCUGGUAUCCGAAUCUUUUCGUACAAUAUCUCGGAUGAGGAGGAUUCCUUUGACCAGGGCCACAGUUAUCAAGGGGCGGAUGAGUUGCUGGAUGAUGAAGAUGAGGGGGAUGAACUGGAAGAGCUAGAGCUUCCGUCAGACAACGGCUUCUUUGGCGGUCUAGAUGAACGAGAAAACGAGGAUAUUGAGAUUCUGAAAGGAAGUGGUGGCCACCGGCAUGACGUGCCGAAAGGCGAUUGUUCUCUCCCAUCAAACGAAGACAAGCCUCACUGCACAUUCAAGCGGAAACCGAGACACUACUCUAAACGAUCUCCAUCCCGAACUAAUCGGGCCCUAAGCCCUUUGGGGUACACACAAUUUUAUUUGCCAAGCAUGAUGAAGCAGAAGAAGAGACCGAAGUGGGAAGUCGAAUAUACGACUUACAAGGUAAAGACGCUUGUUCCUUCAUCGCCUGAAAACACAACGCAACCACUCCCUGUCCCGCUUCAUCUCUUACCUCGCUACGAUCCUUCCAUUUUUAGCAAGCCGAAGAAUAAAACGGAAGAGAAAGAGGUGGCAAAGAAGACGGCCAAGUUUUACAAGGCGGUGAAAGCUGUGACUCCGUAUAGAAUGAAAGACCUUACGAUAGGGAGCUGGGUGAAGCUCGCGAGGAUGUUGGUGUUGGAGAAGAAGAGGUGGAAAAAGUUUGCAGAGCUCAUGCUUGUGUCAACGGAAACAGAUUAGAAGCUGGAAUCUCGAUUUAUCUUUGAAAAAGCGUGAUCGUCGCGAUCAACCAACUGAUAGUAUUGUUGUAAUUUAUUGCAUGAUCAAAUAUAAUGAAAUAAACCAUGUUUUAAACUCAACGAAUACUGCAACAACACUUUAUAUACAACAAGUGGAAUGUCAAACUCAACCAGUACUGCAACAACAUUACUUUAUAUACAAAACCUCCAUCCACUUUAAUACACACGAAUUGCCUGAACUUUGUGUGGGAUAAUUUGCGGGCGCCACUGCGUUACCCAGUUAUCCCAGAUGAUCAAGAACGUCUUGAGCAACCUCCUUCGACAUCUGAAACAGCUUAUCCACCGUCCAAUGUCGUCUUUGAUAGCCUUUUUGACCUUUUCAUCACUUUUUUCCCUUUUAAGGAUUCCGAAAGCCCUCUCUGCUGCUACUGCUCUCAAUCGCGCGAAAUCACCUUCGAAAUUUUCAUAAGUGAUGCACAUGGGGACACCAUAUUUUCCCUUUUGGCACCUGGAUC